AUGGUGCCACCACAGGACAAGCUAUCUGUCAAGGAUAAUAUGUUCAACUAUCUGUCCAGUGACAACCACCUUCGUUCACUACUUACCAAGCAAGCCAAUCAGCAACGUCAGGUUCUAGCAACAAUUAUGGGCGGUGAUUCAUAUUCUCUGUUUACUUGGGAUUGGUACGAACGUAUGCUAGAACUAUCGAGUGAUGUCGGAAACUGUCAUUGUUUCGUUAUUGCCAUUGACGAGAUCGAUGUUAUACUUGCCAUUAGACAAGGUGUACCUGUUUAUUAUUCAACUUUUUCGUUCGACGAUCAGAUACAUUGGACAAACGUCAUCGACGCUAAGCAACAUUUACUUUACCGAGAAGGCCAUGCCAAAUUUCAAACAACGGCGAAAAUUGUGCAAAUGGGCUAUUCAGUAUUAAUCUCGGAAACGGAUGUGUUUUGGAUGGCCAAUCCAUUUGAUCAACUCAAGCAACCAUUGAAUGAAUACGACCUUCAAAUAAGUGAUCACAGUGGCUCACAUGCGCGUAUUAAUAUCGGUAUAUUUUUUGCCCGUUCAACUAAAGCAUCGUCCAUAUUCUUUGCCCAUGUGGCUCAGUUUUGGAUUCGCUAUGGUAAAGGUACUUUUAUCACUGACCAACGUGUACUCGAUGCAAUGCUAAACAAUUACGAUCGACUCAAACCCAUUUACCAACAAGCAUCAGGAAAAAAGUUAUCGCCACCUCUUAAUUGGACAACACAUUUUUUCGGACAUCAAGUAUCACACAUGAUGGUCGACGGUGGUGCCUUCUAUCUAUUUAAACAAGCUGCUCAACUCGGUAUGCGUUCGAAAAAGUUCUAUGGUGGAGUGAAACCCAAAUUUUUUACUGUCAACAUCACUGAUAAAGAGAUGAAGAUUAAUGAACGCAAUCUUAUUCUACGUGCUCUGCUAAUUUUACAACAAUCUAAGUUACUCAAUCGAAUCCUCAUUUUGCCCGCAUUUACGGAUAAUCUCACUGUUACACCUCUGCCAUCUCAACUUGAUCUAAGAAAAUUUCUUCUUUAUUGGACUGAAAAAAGUGUUCGGUUACCAGAUUUUAUUUUUCUGGAAAAAAAUAUGUCUAUACCCGUCACAUCUACCUCGUUCGUGUCGGCCCAAAACUACGAUGACAUCGUUGGCAUAUUAGAUCUAUCAUUAGACUCUAUACCAUUGAAUUUGACGGCACCUUCACCAGAGUUCGAAGUGUCCAUACGAGAUUCCAUGUUUUGGUGUUCACCACCGACAGGAGCCGAUGCUCAUUGCACACAUCAUUCGAGAGGUUUGACACUGACGUCAGAAUUAUUGUUCUCGUGUGGAGGUGAUUCUAACUCACCAUGCAUCACUUAG